CUCUGUUUAAUCCCCAAAGAGAGAAAGAGAGAAAGACAGAAAGAGGGAGGGAUGACAGAUGAACGAAGAGAGGGAUUCAGAUUAGUGAAGCCAAGCUGGAAAAAAGAAGCAGAAUUUGUCUCUUCCGAUGUUUCCCGAUUUAUUUGACUUCUUCUCACUUCUUUCCUUCCGAUGGAUGUAAAUCAAUGAAUCGAUGAGUUGAUCGUCGGCUGCAGAGGAACACAAGUGGCUUCACUGUGCCGAACGCGUCGGUGACCGCGGCCGAAACGCGGAGAAGUUCGUCAGUCAGAAGACAAAGAAGCCGACGAGGAGCAAAGUAACCCGAAACUGAUCAAAGUGCGGAUCGAUUGAAGAUGAUUCUUUGCAGCUGAGGGCGAACAGCAGCGGAGAUGUACGAGGAGAGGAACAAAAGUUCUGGUCGUAAUGGCUACACCAAAGCAGUGGAUGGGGAGGAGGGAGGAGGAGACGGUGAGGAAGAGGAGGAGGAGGGAGGAGAAGGGGGUGGAGGAGGAGGAGUGGCGAGGGAUGCAGAGUGGGACGAAGAACUGGAUGGAGAAGAUGAAGGAGCAGUGAAGAUGACAAGAACUGACACCCUUCACUCAACCACAAGUUCAACAGGAACUCAGAGGAGGAGAGGACAACACGCUAAGAAACAGGUCCAGGGCAGUAAUCAGGUUCAGCGAGCUCCCAGAGCGUUAUUCUGUCUGAAACUCAACAAUCCAAUCAGACGUGCUGCUCUCUCUAUCGUCGAGUGGAAACCGUUUGAUAUCUUCAUUUUGUUAGCCAUCUUUGCUAACUGUGUCGCUUUAGGAGUUUCUAAGCCAUUUCCUGAGGACGACUCCAACUCCACCAACCACGACCUGGAGCAAGUGGAGUACAUCUUCCUCAUCAUCUUUACUGUGGAAACCUUUCUGAAGAUCUUGGCCUACGGUUUGGUGAUGCACCCCAGCUCCUACAUCCGCAAUGGCUGGAACCUGCUCGACUUUGUUAUCGUCAUUGUUGGGUUAUUCAGUGUCGUCUUGGAAACGAUGACUCAUAAAUCUGGUGAGCAGGUGACCACUCAUCAUAUGCCAGGGAAGCCCGGAGGUCUGGAUGUCAAGGCUCUGAGAGCCUUCAGAGUCCUGAGGCCCCUCAGACUGGUUUCUGGAGUUCCCAGUCUGCAGAUUGUGUUGAACUCCAUCAUGAAGGCCAUGGUUCCUUUGCUCCACAUUGCUCUCCUGGUUCUCUUCGUCAUCAUUAUCUACGCCAUCAUCGGUUUGGAGCUCUUCAUAGGACGCAUGCACAAGACCUGUUACUACAUAGGAACAGAUAAUUUUGUAGAGGACGACCCAGUGCCAUGUGCGUUUGCCGGUCAUGGUCGUCAGUGUGUUGUUAACGGCUCAGAGUGUCGGGGGAGGUGGGACGGCCCCAACGGAGGAAUCACCAACUUUGACAACUUCUUCUUCGCCAUGCUGACCGUGUUCCAGUGCAUCACUAUGGAGGGAUGGACCGACGUACUCUACUGGAUGAAUGAUGCCAUAGGGUUCGAGCUGCCCUGGGUUUAUUUUGUCAGUCUGGUGAUUUUUGGAUCAUUCUUCGUUCUCAACCUGGUUCUGGGAGUCCUCAGCGGAGAGUUCAGCAAGGAGAGGGAGAAGGCGAAGGCUCGAGGAGAUUUCCAGAAGCUGAGGGAGAAGCAGCAGAUGGAGGAGGACCUGUGUGGAUACAUGGACUGGAUCACUCAGGCUGAGGACAUGGACGAACUGGACGAGGACGGAAACCCUCGUCCGUCUCUGGGUGAUCUGUCAGAUAAGAAGCGGGGGAAGUUCGGAUGGUUCAGUCACUCCAAUGAAACUCAUGCGAGUCUUCCUGCGAGUGAAACAGCAUCAGAAAACACUGAGAACAUCGAUGAGGAACAUACAAACUGCUGCCAGGCCUGCUGCUCUCAGAUGAUGAAGAUCAGCUGCUGCCGAACCUUGCGUCGUUGGAAUCGAGUCUGUCGCAGGAACUGUCGCACUGCCGUCAAAUCGGUGACCUUCUAUUGGCUGGUUCUGCUACUCGUCUUCCUCAACACCUCCCUCAGUGCCUCAGAGCACUACAACCAGCCUGAUUGGCUGACACAAGUCCAAGACAUCGCCAACAAGGUGCUGCUGUCUCUGUUCACCGUCGAGAUGCUGCUGAAGAUGUACAGCCUGGGAUUGGCUCAUUACUUUGUGGCGUUCUUUAACCGCUUCGACUGCUUCGUGGUGUGUGGAGGCAUCGUGGAGACCAUCCUGGUGGAGAUGGAGAUCAUGCCUCCUCUGGGCAUCUCGGUGCUGCGCUGCGUCCGCCUGCUCAGAAUCUUCAAGGUGACACGCCAUUGGACGGCUCUGUCCAAUCUGGUGGCGUCCCUGCUGAAUUCCAUGAAGUCCAUUGCAUCCCUGCUGCUCCUCCUCUUCCUCUUCCUCAUCAUCUUCGCUCUGCUCGGCAUGCAGCUGUUUGGAGGGAAGUUCAACUUUGAUGAAACACAGACGAAACGCAGCACCUUCGACUCCUUCCCGCAGGCGCUGCUCACCUGCUUCCAGAUCCUGACAGGUGAGGACUGGAACGUGGUCAUGUAUGAUGGCAUCAUGGCAUACGGAGGCCCCGUGUUUCCAGGGAUGAUCGUCUGCGUUUACUUUGUCAUCCUCUUCAUCUGUGGUAACUACAUCCUGCUGAAUGUCUUCUUGGCCAUUGCUGUGGACAACCUGGCAGGAGGAGAUGGAGACGAUAAGAAGAAAGAUAAGAAGACCGAGGGAGCAGAGGAGGAGGAGGAGGAGGAGGCUGAACAGGAAGUGAAGGUGGAUGUUGAUGAAGACACCGAGUAUGAGGAGGAAGAGGAGCUUCCUGAGGGAGAAGACGAUGGAGGAGUCCAGCUAAAGAUGGCCGACCUUGCACCCCCGAAAGAGAAGGUUCUUCCAAUCCCAGAAGGCAGUGCCUUCUUCUGCCUCAGCAAGACAAACCCUAUCCGUGUGGCCUGUCAUACUCUGAUCCACCACCACAUCUUCACCAACCUCAUCCUCGUCUUCAUCAUCCUCAGCAGCUGCUCAUUGGCUGCUGAGGAUCCAAUCAGAGCCCACUCCUUCAGGAACAACAUCCUGGGCUAUGCAGACUAUGCCUUCACCUCCAUCUUCACCGUUGAGAUUCUGUUAAAGAUGACAGUUCACGGAGCCUUCCUCCAUCAGGGUUCGUUCUGCAGAAACUGGUUUAACUUGUUGGAUCUGCUGGUCGUCAGCGUCUCAUUGGUCUCCUUCUUCCUUCACUCCAGUGCGAUCUCGGUGGUGAAGAUCCUUCGAGUCCUCCGGGUGCUCCGACCUCUGAGAGCCAUCAACAGAGCCAAAGGCCUGAAGCACGUGGUCCAGUGUGUGUUUGUAGCCAUCAGGACCAUCGGAAACAUCAUGAUCGUCACGACUCUGCUGCAGUUCAUGUUUGCCUGCAUCGGAGUCCAGCUCUUCAAGGGUAAAUUUUAUCGCUGCACAGAUGAGGCGAAACACACUCCUGAACAGUGCAAAGGGACCUUUGUGGUGUACAAAGACGGAGACGUGACCCAUCCGAUGGUCAGGGAGCGAAUCUGGUUGAACAGCGACUUCAACUUUGAUAACGUGUUGAUGGGGAUGAUGGCGCUCUUCACCGUCUCCACCUUCGAGGGCUGGCCGGCCCUGCUAUAUAAAGCCAUUGACGCCAACGGGGAGAAUUCUGGUCCCAUCUACAACUAUCGAGUGGAGAUCUCCAUCUUCUUCAUCGUCUACAUCAUCAUCAUCGCCUUCUUCAUGAUGAACAUCUUUGUGGGUUUCGUCAUCAUCACCUUCAGAGAACAAGGAGAGCAGGAGUACAAGAACUGUGAGCUGGACAAGAAUCAGCGUCAGUGUGUGGAGUAUGCCCUGAAGGCUCAGCCUCUGAAACUUUACAUCCCAAAGAAUCCAGUCCAGUACAAGUUCUGGUCCAUCAUCAACUCGACAGGAUUUGAAUAUGUCAUGUUCGUCCUCAUCCUGCUCAACACUGUCACUCUGGCUGUUCAGCACUAUGAACAGUCCAAAAACUUCAGCUACAUCAUGGACAUCCUCAACAUGGUGUUUACAGGACUCUUCACUGUGGAGAUGCUGCUGAAGCUGCUGGCGCUCAGACUCAGGCAUUACUUUGUGGACGCCUGGAACUCGUUCGAUGCUCUGAUUGUGGUUGGCAGUGUCGUUGAUAUCGUCGUCACUGAGUUCAGUAGUGGUGAGGACAGCUCUCGGGUGUCCAUCACCUUUUUCCGUCUGUUUCGAGUGAUGCGAUUGGUCAAGCUGCUGAGUAAAGGGGAGGGGAUUCGUACGCUACUGUGGACGUUCAUCAAAUCACUGCAGGCUUUGCCAUAUGUUGCUCUGCUCAUCGCCAUGAUCUUCUUCAUCUACGCUGUCAUUGGGAUGCAGAUGUUUGGAAAGGUAGCGAUGCAGGAUUACACUCAGAUCAACAGAAAUAACAACUUCCAGACUUUUCCUCAGGCUGUUCUCCUCCUCUUCAGGUGUGCUACAGGUGAGGCCUGGCAGGAGAUCAUGUUGGCCAGUCUUCCAGGUAAACGCUGUGACCCUGAGUCAGACUACGAACCAGGAGAAGAGUUCAGCUGUGGCAGCAACUUCGCAAUCGUUUAUUUCAUCAGCUUCUUCAUGCUGUGUGCUUUCCUGAUUAUUAACCUGUUCGUCGCUGUCAUCAUGGACAACUUUGACUAUCUGACACGUGAUUGGUCAAUUCUGGGGCCACAUCAUCUGGACGAGUUUAAGAGGAUCUGGUCUGAAUACGAUCCAGAGGCCAAGGGUCGUAUAAAACACCUGGACGUUGUGGCCCUGCUCAGGAGGAUUCAGCCUCCACUGGGCUUUGGGAAACUCUGUCCUCACAGAGUGGCCUGUAAGCGUCUGGUGGCGAUGAACAUGCCUCUGAACUCUGAUGGGAUGGUUACCUUUAACGCCACACUCUUUGCUCUGGUCCGCACCGCCCUGAAGAUCAAGACUGAAGGUAACCCUGACCAGGAGAAUGAGGAGCUGAGGGUGAUCAUCAAGAAGAUCUGGAAGAGGAUGAAACCAAAACUACUGGAUGAAGUAAUACCCCCACAUGAAGAGGAGGAAGUGACAGUUGGGAAGUUUUAUGCGACCUUCCUGAUUCAGGAUUACUUCAGGAAGUUCAGAAAGAGGAAAGAGAAAGGAGAUCUGACCGGAGAGUCUGAUAUCACCAACCCGUCUGCUGUACAGCUGUGUAAAGCUGGUCUGAAGACUCUGCAGGAUCUCGGUCCAGAGAUGCGUCUGGCUCUGAACGAGGACCUGGAGGAGGAUGAGGAGGAGGUGCCAAUGGAGGAAGAGGAGUUGGAGGAAAACGCUGCUUAUGAGGGUGAAAACGGCUUUGGACCAGAGAAAGACAGACGGGGCUCCAUACUCACGACGCCCACAGGUCCCGGUGGUGUUGUUGGGGAAGGUGGUGUCUCUAAUGGGGGUCUGAUCCAUCGGGUUGGUUCGCUCACCAAGAUGCCGAACGGUAGUGAGCACGACGAGCAUCUUCGCCGUGGAGACCACGAAAGGUCAUCUGUGAGUCUUCAUCAUUCCCGCCGUGCGUCAGUGAAGAACGGCCUGCUGGACCACACCCACAAGAGGCCAUCAUACUACAAAUAUGGAAGAAGGGACAUGAGGGACAGACACUGGAGGAACGGAGACAUGGAGACGUAUGGAGAGCAGGGCUACUACAGCAGAGAGGAAGACAAUGACAGCAUCACCUCCAGAGACAGACAUUAUCCAGACGAACCUCCUCUCUACAGAGAACACUACGAUGGCCACGCCCCCCACACCAACAGUAGCUAUGGUAACGGCUAUAGCGAGGGCAGGAGGACGACCCGGAGACGCCUGCUUCCUGCCACGCCCACAGGUCGGAAGCCAUCAUUUAACAUUCAGUGUCUGAGGAGGCAGGGCAGCAGCGAUGACCUGCCAAUCCCCGGGACGUACCACCCCACCUCACCUCCACGCUGUGCACGCACACAGAUGUUCAACAGUUGUGAGUCUCGUCACUCCUCCGGUCGCUCUUCGGCAGCCUCCUCAGCGUCCUGGGCAAACCCGUGUCCUCGCCGAGGUCGCCUCCUUUACGCUCCUCUCAUCUUGGUGGAGGAGGAAGGCAACCCACCCUGGGGAGCAAGAGGAGCAGGGACAAAGGCAGGAGCAGGAAGAGGCGUCAAUGUGACAGGUGCAGCACCCAGACCGGCCUGGUACGGUGGCCCUGCAGGGACAGCAGCUCCUCCACCGUACAGAGCGUACACCACCCUCAGGGUCCCCUCGCAGCUCGGCGCUCAGCUCACAGAGAAACGAGGCUCGGCCGACAGUCUGGUUGAGGCGGUUCUCAUCUCAGAGGGCCUUGGUCUUUAUGCUCGGGAUCCAAAAUUUGUGGCGUUUGCGAAGCGUGAGAUAGCUGACGCAUGUCACAUGACAGUGGACGAGAUGGAGUCAGCCGCCAACGACCUGCUUGGCGCAGGAAGCCACAGUUUCCUCAGCAAUGCCGCCACUGACCCUGCUGGACUGUACAGCGACGAGGAGCCAAUCAGGACGAGCCGAGACGAGGAUGAGCUGGCAGACGAGAUGACCUGUGUGACAUCGUUCUGACAGGCUGGAGGUCCGGUCCAAUCAGAGACAAGGCUGAGACUGGCAAGACAGGAAGUUUGAGAAACGAUGAGUGAAAAAUUGAAGUGGUUCAGAAAAAGUGUACAAAAAUAUGUGGGAAAAGGUGUAGAGAAUUUGGAGGAUGGUGGCUGGAAAAGGACAACAAGGUCAAAAACAGGAAGAAAGGAUAUACAGUGGAAGAAAAAGAAGAAAAGGAGCAGAGUUUUAUGUGUUGUUAUUUUACAAUUGUCUGAUAUAAAACGACUGGUUUACUGUUAACCGGCUAAGAUUAGCAUUGCGCUGGCUCUAGUUAGCUUAAAAUGCAAACUGAGUCCGCAGCAACAGGGGCGCUAAUGCUACAACAGCCACUCACUCAGCAGUGUGUUAGCUGGAUGAAGCAUUUAUCAAAUACAGUCAAAAUUCAUAAAGUGAAAGUAAGUUGCCUCCCAGCAGGCCUAAAUAUCAGAUUUUUUUUUCCAUGCAGCCUUUAUUAAACAACAGUGGGGCUGCUCGAAACAUAAAUUUAAUGGUUGAAAGGCUCACCAGUGAUUGUUGGUUAAUCUGAGUGUUCUUUUCCCUCAUUGUGUGUAGUGACGUUCAACACUCGACGCCUCUGGCUAUCGCAAGCUAACGUCACCCAACUAACCAAACAGAAGGAGCAAAGAUAAAAGUCAGCCUUUGUUAGCACUGCCUGCGAACACCCAGUCCUCCUUAGUGACACCUUUAGAACAAGAACAGUCGGGCUUUGAAAACUUUUCCUCAAACAAUAGUAAAUAUCGAUUCACUGAGUAGAGUCCUGAAUGGAUGGUCAAAAAGAAACUGGACAGCCGAGAGCAGCCCAUUUAGCCCAGCAGACAGUCACGAUCAGAUAAACCAGGUUCAGCUUUGACGGGCUGGAUCGGGUGCCUUUUGUUGAAACAUGUUUAUUACUUUUCAUCACAGUGUAGAUGGGGUGGGACUUCACAGAAAGGUUGGCACAUGACAGUAAACUUGAAACACGUGAAAAUGUUGAACUCAUUGUUAUGUUGUUCUGAUUAUACUGACAGGUUAAUACUUAGCAUUAACAAAUAAGAGGCCAACCACCAAUUUUCAAUUUAAUGAAGAGCAAAGCCGACAAACAUACAUGUUGCUUGUGUAUUUCUUAAACUCCUGUGUUGUCCAACUGGAAUAUAUUUUAUACCUGUGUUAGGUUUUAUAGUUUACUACAUCCAUUACAUUAUAAUGAAUAUGAUCCUAACUUGUUACUCCUGUAGCUUCAGGAUCAGACAGAUGUAGCUUUAGCCAGAGCCAGGACACCUGUGCCAACGUGUGCUCCUCGCCUCACAGAGCAACACAUUCCCUUGUUCUGUUUAUAUCCUCUCUAACUCAUAUUUCAUGUUUCAGCAGUAAAAAGUGUUUACAUGAAGUCAUGGGCGUGGGUUGUGUCGGUGGUGUAGCAGUGCAUGGGGGUCCGAUACUUGCUAAUUGCCAAAGGGAUGAACAGUUUUUCUUGGGGGAAUCCUUGAGUACUGAGUGUUAACGCUGUGUAAAGAUUGCAGUUUGCUUGGUCAGUUACAUCUGCUUGGUUAGGAGAAGGUUGUGAUUUGGUUAGAUGUUGGGUGGUGCUUACAUGUAGAGAAGAGAUCAGGUGGAUGGAUGGAACAGGACUUUGACACAGGAGUCCAGGGUCCUUUUCCUGUGUGAAAUCAACUUAAAUAUCAAUUAUCAGGAAAUAGAAAUAGAAAUCUGAUGUGUGUACAACCAGUCACGCUGCAGUCUUUUGCACUGUAAUCAGGUAGAGUUUGUUCUCAUCAUGAAACAUGGCCACAAUCACGGCUCACUUCUAGUUAACCAUGAGAUAAGUGAUGGGACAGAACAGCACUGAGUUCAGAAGCAUUGUGCCCUAAAUGACAGCUUGAAAAGUAUGUCUGUUUGCAGCAAGUUAGCCAAACGCACUCACUCAGUGCAGCAGUGUUAGCUUGUGUUGUGGCUUGUGUUGCGUCACGAUAUGAUUCAUGACAGCAGUAGCUGGACAGCUAGCCUCCCUGGAUCAGAAAAAUUUGGAUCAGUAAAAAAUAGAAAAACAACUUUAAAGCUAACAAAUAGCCAGCUGAACUGCUUGCAUGUUAGCUGCUGAUAACAUUUUUCUCAAGUCAAAGUUCAGUUUCAUCCAACAUUACUGAGGCAAAGCUUCUGAACUGCAAAAAGGGUUUGAAUAAGAAGAAUAAGAAGUAUGGAGAUGCGUUUGACAAACAACGAGAACAAAGGAUGAUGAAAGUUGACAGUAAGUUAAAUCUGCAAGCGAGCGAAUGACUGAAGCUUCUUCAGAAUUGCACACAGCUGGUCAGUCUGCUUUCACGUGUGUGUCAGUUUUUAUAUCUGAUGUAUUUUAAAGUUCAAAUGAAGAGCUGAACAUCCUGCUCUGCAACUCGUAGAGCAGCGUGGACAAUCAUAUUUCUCAUUUUAUUAAUGUUGAAAGACUUUUUUAUUGGACCAAGUGUUUGUUCAGUGGACUGAGAUUUUCUUUUUUUAAAUGUUUAGUAUUUUUUAUUCAUUCUGACAGAAAGAACUGAAUUUUUUGAUUGUUUGUUGAAUUCUCCACAGCCAAUAGUCCAGUGGUGUAAUUUCUUGUCUACUUGCUUGUGUUUUUGUCAUGUUUUAGUUUUUCUUUCCAAGAGUUUGGACACUUUCCCAGCAGUUAAGGGCUUUUCAAUUCCACGCCUGGUUUCCCCAAAAAACCUCCUCACACAUUGAGAGCUGCCAUGUUCAGUUGAGGAACAGCUCUGUGUGGACCUUUGUUUACCUCAAAUAAAGAGAGAAAGUAAACUGCUCUUUGACUCCACAAUGUUCU